AAUAAUAAUAAUAAUAAUAAAAAUAAUAAUAAUAAUAAUAAUAAUAAUAAUAAUAAUAAUAAUAAUAAUAAUAAAAAUAAUAAUAAUAAUACUAAUACUAAUACUAAUACUAAUAAUAAUAAUAAUAAUAAUAAUAAUAAUACUAAUACUAAUAAUAAUAAUAAUAAUAAUAAUAAUAAUAAUAAUAAUAAUAAUAAUAAUAAUAAUAAUAAUAAUAAUAAUAAUAAUAAUAAUAAUAAUAAUAAUAAUAAUAAUAAUAAUAAUAAUAAUAAUAAUAAUAAUAAUAAUAAUAAUAAUAAUAAUAAUAAUAAUAAUAAUAAUAAUAAUAAUAAUAAUAAUAAUAAUAAUAAUAAUAAUAAUAAUAAUAAUAAUAAUAAUAACAAUAAUAAUAAUAAUAAUAAUAAUAAUAAUAAUAAUAAUAAUAAUAAUAAUAAUAAUAAUAAUAAUAAUAAUAAUAAUAAUAAUAAUAAUAAUAAUAAUAAUAAUAAUAAUAAUAAUAAUAAUAAUAAUAAUAAUAAUAAUAAUAAUAAUAAUAAU